UUUUGGUCGGUAAGAUUGUAUGAAUAUAAAGAUAACAAUAAUUAUUAUCCGUAUCUCUCUGACAUUUGCACGAAACAGUGGCUCGAUGCUUUGUACUGUACAAGUCCUCGACUUCAAGACUUUCUUGUAGAUUCCUUGUUAACUUAGAUUUCUGUUCUAAAUAAACUAAACUUUAAGUGGUAGUAUUUGACGAUUAGCAGUAUCCGCUUUGCACCAUAUGCAGUUUGGUUUCCUUUUCCGCCGUAUAAUAUCAACUUGAUAUUGAACACAGCUUAUACACUGUGCUGCGUAAGACAUACGAGGUAUUCUGUGGUGAUCCGUAAGGUCAGUUCUUGCAAUUUGAUGAAGGGGAUUGUCCGAAGGUUAUCUAAUUUUGACUUUCUCACUGCUUUGUGGUGCAGUUUCAAGUUAUUAUGUUUUCUGAUAGCCUGGCCUCAGCUACAAGGCGUCAAAUCGCUCCAAUGUCAGGUGUGCAAUUUCCUCGAGAAUCCGUCCGAUUGGUGUACCUCAAAGAAAAAUACCACGUCGAUCACCUGCAAUGCCACCGCCGGAGUGACGACGUGUCAUCUCGGAACUGGCAUUCGAGCCGGACUGGUCCCGGGCAAUCCAGCAGAAUAUGUGCCCGGAGUGACAAGAGAUUGCUCCCUGGAUGCGAAACUUGAUAACGAACUGUGGAAAACCAUGGCGAAAGGCCAGAAGAUGGUUUGCACUGACGUGAAGCAGGAUUAUAUACCGGGUCCUAGUGGUGUGCCUUUAAUCGACCGGAAGUGCAUCUGCACAGAAGACAACUGCAAUAAGAUCGGAUGGGACGAAAUUAUGCAACAACCCGCUCUACCGGCCAAUUACACCCCAAAUGACAAGCCACAACCGAGUCAAAUCGCCAAUUAUUCAUUGGCCGCUUUGCAAACCAUUCUCAAAGCGAACGCGACGUCGGGUGACAGUGGGAAUGUCAACGCCGACGCAAGCACAACAGCGUUCGCCAAAGGAAACGAUACGGCCACCAAUACCACGGCGCCCGGCACCACUGCUAAAGAUGCUGCUGGUAGCGGAACCAACAUGGGAUUAAUUGCUGGAAUUGCCAUCGGAGUGAUUGUCUUGGCCGCGGUAGCUGGUGGUCUGUUUUACUGGUUCAAAAUCCGCAAGCGAAAGGAAAGCACUAGUAGCAGUAGCGGCGCCACCGGAGGCAGCGGCAACAGUCGUGGUACCGGCGGAAGUGCUGAUGACGACUAACACCCUGUUCCAUGCAAAGGCUGCGAAAGCAACUCGUAUCUCUAAACUGUCUGCCAGAGAGUACGUUUGACUUUUGAAAGUACGCUUGACUGCUUGACCAACACAUAUGAGGCAUUUCUAAGUACAAAUAUUAAGAUGUCGGUUUCGUUGUACUCCAAAAACGUAUUUCACAGCUGUUACGGCCACGAACUCUUAAUUUGCCCCGCAAUCUUACGGUCGGCGACUGUAAAUGUUACACUGAGCUAGACGAUAAAAACUUUUAAAAACAGUUUGAACAUCAAUUUUUGAAUAAAAGAAAUGUUUCUAGUUCCGGUUUGUCG